AUGGGGCGCAUUGUUCAAGUUCACCGUUCAAGCAACAAUGUAACAAGGGAAAUCGAACUACGUCUACCAAGCGGACGCACGGCUCGUCGUCCUGUGAAUUUGCUGGUACCACUGGAGCUUCAACAGCAAGCAGAGGAAGUCGGUGAUCAAAUGGCGAGGGAACACUCGGCAGAAGAGAAAGACAUACCGCACAGCAAGCUUAGCGAACCAUCACGGUACAAUCUCAGACCGCGGACAAAGAGGAGUGACGUACACUCUUGCAGUGCGAGUGCGAGUACAGUCAGCUUUGCUAGAACUUCGGCAAUAAGUCUGUUAGUUCUGGCCAUAAUGACCAUAGUCCAGAGUGUAUCCGCGGAAGUGUCGUUGGAGAACACGACUCUAGCACGAGGACAAAUGAGAUGCAUACCGGGUGGAGUACAACUCGAAUCACAGAACAUACGUCGCUACGAAUUGUGUACGAAGGAACACUGUCAAGUCAAGGAGAAUCCGGAUAUAAAGGAGACCAUUCUUUUCUCACCGGAGGUGACGCUCCACGAUCAUCAUGUACUGUGGAAAUUCUCGGAUGGCAAGCGGAUGACCACCCUUGACACCACCUGCCCACCAGUUUCCUUCUGCGACAAUGUCCAGUGUUGGUUUUGUACAGCUAAUAUCUUCAAUCCGGAAUGCUCUCCGAGGACAGCCAUAAUUGCAAGCGCAGUUAUCCUGUACGGCGUGGUUGCUACGGUGUACCUGGUCUGCUAUGUGCCAAUCGUUGUUGGGAAACCGUGCCGUAUAAUAAGCAGGAUCGUAUGGCUUCUCCUCAGGAGCAUAGGAUUCGUCAUAAGAGGACUUCUAGCACUAGUGCGGCAGCGCAGGCGACGACACAGACCAGAACUGGACCUGCUGUUAAGAGCGCCAAUCAUCGCCGCGUGCCUGAUAGGAACCUCAACGGCAUGUCAGGAAGUCGGUGAUCAAAUGGCGAGGGAACACUCGGCAGAAGAGAAAGACAUACCGCACAGCAAGCUUAGCGAACCAUCACGGUACAAUCUCAGACCGCGGACAAAGAGGAGUGACGUACACUCUUGCAGUGCGAGUGCGAGUACAGUCAGCUUUGCUAGAACUUCGGCAAUAAGUCUGUUAGUUCUGGCCAUAAUGACCAUAGUCCAGAGUGUAUCCGCGGAAGUGUCGUUGGAGAACACGACUCUAGCACGAGGACAAAUGAGAUGCAUACCGGGUGGAGUACAACUCGAAUCACAGAACAUACGUCGCUACGAAUUGUGUACGAAGGAACACUGUCAAGUCAAGGAGAAUCCGGAUAUAAAGGAGACCAUUCUUUUCUCACCGGAGGUGACGCUCCACGAUCAUCAUGUACUGUGGAAAUUCUCGGAUGGCAAGCGGAUGACCACCCUUGACACCACCUGCCCACCAGUUUCCUUCUGCGACAAUGUCCAGUGUUGGUUUUGUACAGCUAAUAUCUUCAAUCCGGAAUGCUCUCCGAGGACAGCCAUAAUUGCAAGCGCAGUUAUCCUGUACGGCGUGGUUGCUACGGUGUACCUGGUCUGCUAUGUGCCAAUCGUUGUUGGGAAACCGUGCCGGAUAAUAAGUAGGAUCGAGCAUAGGAUUUGUCAUAAGGGGACUUCUAGCACUAGUGCGGCAGCGCAGGCGACGACACAGACCAGAAGUGGACCUGCUGUUAAGGGCGCCAAUCAUCGCCGCGUGCCAGGAACCACAGCGGCAUGUCGUAACAUCGACGUCUUACAUCACCACACUACAAUUUGUUCCUUCACACCAUCCGGGUCGAAGGAAUGCGUAUUCGAAAACAUUGAGAUAUUCAAACUGAACAGUUUUCACCAAGAAGCCUGCAUUCGCGUCUCAAACAACGAGUCACUGGUCAAAGAAAUUCGACUUCAGUGGAAAGCGCUGCAACUCACCUGCGUAAAAGAAGACAUCCUCUUCACCCGGAACUCAGUCCAAAGGGUAGUCGACUCCAAAAGAUGCCCACACUCUGGGUCGUGCACGGGCCUCAAAUGCGCCUCGGUGAACACCACGACAAAACUCGUCGAGUUGGAACAAGGCAACGAUUAUCCAGGGAUCACGAGGUGCGUGGAAAGUUGCGGCGGCCCAGGAUGUGGAUGCCUACUCAUCAGUAGCGGAUGCCUAUUCUAUCGCAUAUUCAACGUACCGACAGACGACAAGGUGUACGAGAUUUUCAGAUGCAGGCAGUGGAAGCAGCACGCACGAAUAAUGGUCACGAUCUUGACGGGAGACGGUCGGCGGCUCAGUGGUAGAGGGCUCUCUCUACAACCAACGAUCCCGCUGAAAAUCGAGGGCAUGGACCUCACCAUUGCGUCUGUGACUAUGCCACCCACGCCGGAGUUAUCGUCAGCGUUCAUUAGCGAUGGAUCCAAUCUCGCAGUUUGGAGACACGAUGCGAUGCCGACCCUCAUAUGCGAUUCACAAGAAGCAGCACGCGCACUGAACUGCUCGACGAACCCCAACUGCUUAUGCGAACCAGCGGAAAGCAAAAUCAACUGCCUUUGCAACGACAUCAAUAUCACAGACGUGUUUGAGAACGAAUUAGAGAACCGCUUACCCGCUCGAAGACCGUGGGUACUUUUCGAACAGUCGGAACAGGAUAGAUCUUCCGUGGUAGCCACCAUUCCAGCUUUCGUAUCAGCAGAACUCCUCAUUCACCUCAAGGACAAGUUCCCUCAGGGAGCUUUCGCGACAGUGACAUGCAGAACGGACGGGAAAAAGACGAUGGCUACAGUACAAUGCGGAGACGACUUCUUUUCGAUUCCAUGCAACGCAACAGGGCAAACUUCAACACUCACUUUCAGUGCUACAACGGCAAGAAUAAAGAAAACCUGCAGGGUCGAACGCGGAUCAACGGGUACCACGUUCGAGCUCACAGGCACUUUGAAAUGGGUUCGAACUAUUCACGGUUCAGUAGCAAGUAUCAUCAACGGCAGGAGCAACGUAUACGACGAAAUCGUGUUACCGGACCUUUUCCACAUAGCAGACAUUUUCUGGACGUGGUACAAGGCAGUCGUAGGCGUAGCACUAGCAUUCGUCGCAGCGAUAUUCAUCGGCUACAUCAUUUUCUGGACGUGCGGCGUCAAGGUCCUCCUCGGGAUACUCAAGAUCCUCAUACGGAUUUUCACUGGUUUCGUAAAACUUACCUUCGCUAUUGUCCGGAGGUUGCUAAUAAGGGCGCGAUCCUUUGGCCAAGAGAGAAGAAGUCCUAAGAAACGUCUCUGA